AUGUCAUCCGACUUCUGGGCCGGAUAUAUCAGCGGGGCUGGGGGUAUACUCAUAGGCAAUCCGCUAGACCUCAUCAAAGUUCGUUUGCAAGCUGGGCAGGCAAGGGACCCGCUUCUCGCUAGUCCGCAGGCUCGUGGUGGUAGUUAUCUCGAAGCCGCAACAUCAUUUGCUAGGGGUGCCGCUGCCCCGAUUCUGGGAUAUGGAGCGCUGAAUGCUAUCCUCUUCGUGGCUUAUAACCGGACCCUUAAAGCCCUGGACCCUUCGAUCUCGGACCCGACCAGUAUUGAUGAAGUAUCUCUGACAAAGAUCUGGCUGGCCGGUGCCACUGGUGGCAUGGCUAGUUGGAUAGUCUCGUCACCAACGGAACUGAUCAAGUGUCGCGCCCAGCUAAGUCGAGAUCGCCACACCUCAUCAUGGUCAAUUGCGCGAGAUAUGUUUCGGGCGAAUGGAAUACGGGGUUUUUACUUUGGGGGUUUGAUCACGAGUAUCAGAGACUCUGUAGGGUACGGGUUUUACUUCUGGUCUUACGAGCUAUGCAAGCGUAGCAUGUCCUCUCCUGACGAUACUGCUCACCAAGAAACCCUGAAGGUCUUGGCUUGCGGCGGCAUUGCUGGCAUUGCUACGUGGACUUCGAUAUUCCCACUUGAUGUAGUCAAGACGAGAUUACAGACUCAACCAUUGGAUACAAUACCAAGAGGCCAAGCAUCACAAACGCAACCCCUUGUGCGAUCUUCUGACACGCGAGUGCUUGGCUCUUGGGAGAUUGCGCGACAGGCAUAUCGCACCGAGGGCCUCCGGGUGUUUGUUCGUGGGUUAGGCACAUGCAAUAUCCGUGCAUUCAUAGUGAAUGCGGUUCAAUGGGCGGCAUAUGAAUGGUUGAUGAAAGAAUUCAAUAAGCAUUAG